UCAGUCACACCAUGUACCUCUCUAUCUCUCUGUCAGUACUUAUCUGUGGUGGUGAAUCUUUAGGAGGGCUAAGUUGCCUUUAUUAUUGACUCCAUAGGGUUAAUGAUUGCACGCUGAAGUUUGAGAGUAUAAAGUAGGCAACAAACUACUGCUUCUUCUUACCAUCACUGUCUGUCACCAUGUCUUUCUCUGGAAGGUACCAGCUGGAGUCUCAGGAGAACUUUGAGCCGUUCAUGAAGGCCAUUGGGCUCCCUGAUGAACUCAUCCAGAAAGGCAAAGACAUCAAGAGCAUCUCUGAGAUUGAGGAGAAUGGGGACCACUUUAAAGUGACAGUCACCACGGGCUCCAAGGUCCUCGUCAAUUCCUUCACUAUUGGGAAGGAGGCAGAGCUGGAGACAGUCACCGGGGAGAAGGUCAAGUCGGUGGUUCAUCGUGAAGGCAACAAGCUGAAAGUCUGCCUGAAGGGAAUCGAGUCUAUCACAGAAAUGGUGGAUGCGAACACUAUUCUCAAUACUAUGACAGUUGCCGGCAUCGUGUACAAGAGGACGAUUAAACGCAUAUAAAUAUUUGUACUUUGGGAUAAUAAAAUGUUGUAAAAAAAAAA